CGAGGUGAUCAUCACCUGCAUCAUCACCUCGACCCCUCUGUCAUCGAUCACUUGGCCCAGUGGAGUGCGCAGGUCUAGCGUUCGUUGACUGUCGUCUCUGUACUAGCAUCAUAGAGCUACAGGCGAUGCGAUGGCGACCAACCGGCUCAAGCGCAAAGCGGAGGAGCUCAAUGUGCAAGGCCUCAACGAGAACUUCUGUAGCUAUGGCACGCCUUUGCCUUCUAUCGCCCACAAAGACAAGAAUGAAUAUGUCCCUGUAUGGCAGCAAGAGGUGAGGGACGAAAAGGGCAGGCGGAGGCUUCAUGGCGCCUUCACAGGCGGUUUCUCAGCUGGCUACUUCAAUACUGUCGGAUCAAAGGAAGGAUGGACGCCGUCGACAUUCAAGUCCUCCCGAGCGACCAAAGAGGCAGCAGGUCAAAAUGCAUCAGACGCGAGCACGCAGCAGCGAACAAUGCAACGUCCUGAGGAUUUCAUGGACGAAGAGGAUCUAGUCGAACUCAGAGCAACGGAGUCGUUGAAGCCAUCUGCUUCUUUUGAUGCUCCCCAGACAGCAAGUGCGACCGGUUUCGAUGCGCUGUUGGGCGAUAUGGUCAAGCCGCGCUCAGACGCGAUUGGCGAAAAGCUGAUGAAGCGAAUGGGUUGGAGGGAAGGCCAAGGGGCAGGACCUCGCGUAUCUGCUCAAGCUCGCCAACGGACAGCAGAUGAACUCGGUCUAGGCUCAUUCUACACUUCGUCUGCGAAUGACGAUGAUGAGGCGCUCAAGCAUUCUUUUGCUCCUCUCGACCGGCCUCUUGUCGCUUAUGCUGCCAAGGACAAUACUUUCGGUCUUGGAUACAUUGCAGGCAUGACGCUCAAUCAGCUACAAGCCGAGACAUCCCAAAUUGUCAAAGGCAAAGCAAAGGCUAGCGACAUCACUCUCCCCCGAGGUGGCGCUUUCGGUAUCAGCGCACUAGAGGAAUUAGAUGAGGACGAUGCGGACAUAUAUGCCAUGCGGCCUCAAGACGAAGAGGUACUCAGGACAGCCACUGAGGAACGAAGAAGGAAGGGUCCGCAAUUGCUUGGCCAGUCCGAAGUACAAGCCGACAGACGGCGAGAACGAGCAACCCGGCCUGCAUCAGCUGGUCAGAGAUUCAAGGACGACUCUAUCGUAAUAGCUGGUUUCGUACUCGCUGUACAGCCUGUUCCAGUAGAUACAUGGUUCGAGCCUCCGGAUGUUCCACAAGAAUGGCAGCCACGACCUGAGCGUGUUCUGGGUGCCGCAAUACCGCAAGCGAGCAAGCAGACCGUGAAGAAUGCAGACGAGCGAGCGCAUGCGCUCGGCGAGGAACCCAUCAAAGGGCCUGCUCGCUCUGUAUUCGACUUUAUCAGUGCCAAAGAUCGAGAGCGCCUAGCGAGCUUUCGAUCUGCGGCUCCGAACGGUUCGACCUCAGAGGCGAUUCCGACGGGGCCGGAGCCAUCCAACGAAGUCGAGGUCCCUUCUGUGGACGUCGUGACGGCAAAAGCUGCUCUGGGCGGCUAUAUGCCCUACCAGGACGAUAUCCCCCGCCAAACACGCUACCGUCUGUUUCUCGAGAGCGCGGCGGGUCUGCGCAAGGAUGUUCGCUUCGUACCUCUGGCAAAUAUGACGGUAGCCCAGCUGAACAGAGAGCUGCAAGAUUUUGCCAGAUCUGCAAAGAUCUUCAAGCCUAUGAGCGUCAUGAUGGCUUCGCGCUUCACGGCGGGCUCAGCACUGUCUACAACUUUUGCAGCCGAUCAGCCAGAGCCGGGACUGCGCAAAGUCACUGCUCUGUCUGAGGAUGCUCAGCCCGGCGAAGCGGAAACACCCAAAUAUAUCGAAGAGAAUCUGACGCCUGCACAGAACGCUGCAAGAGCAGGCAUGUUCGGCACACUGACACGGAGCGAAACGCCCUUUUACCCGAACCGGCUGCUCUGCAAACGCUUCAACGUACCCGACCCGCAUCCAGAAGGACCGCAUGUCAACGUGAAAGACGAUAGCAAGGAUGUGCUCAACAAGGCUGCAAUGGAUCGUAUUGUGCGCUCGAGCAAUCUGGACGAAGCGACCAUAGAAGCCAUGACGGCCGUACAACCUAUGGCUGAUAAGCCUGCGGCUAGUAAGGCACAACCCUCUGGUCCGAGGGAUCUUGCUACGGUCGGGAUCGGUGACGACGAAAAUCAAGGUCGAGAUACGCUGACGUAUGAGCGUCCUUCGAUGGACAUUUUCAAGGCCAUCUUCGCAGACUCUGACGAUGACGACGAUGAGAAGGAAGAAACGCUUGCAGUGGAGCACGCUGAUGCGCCCGCGGACCCAUCAGCGGUCCAGCCGGAAACAGCGCUAGCGGAAGAUGCAGUCAUGAUGGAUGCUGCGGCUACGGUCGCGUCUGUGCCCCGGUUUGAUCCCGAGCAUGGCAUUCGUUACGAAGCACCCAAACCGGGGCAUGUCGAGCAAGUGGACUUGUCGAGCUUCAAGCCAACGUUUGUGGCACGACCUACAGCUGCUAAGACCGAGUCGACAAAGACGAAGAUCAAGAAACAGAAGAAACCUCACAAGAGUGUACUCUCUUUCGACGUCGAGGAUGGCGCAGAUGACGCGGACGCGGACCUCAAGAGUGGGCGCAAAGCCAAGCCGAACCCGAAUCUGGGUCCCGCAGUCAAGAGGCGCGUGAAAGAAGAGGAAGUCUGGGUGGAGAAGAACCCGGUAGGCAGUCGACAGAUUCGGCCGACUGCUGUAGAUUUCAUUUGAUUUCAAGUGCAAGUCGGAUCUGUUCGAUGAAAUGUUCUCUGAAUUGUCGUGGAUAGCGGUAAUUCCGUGGCAUGCGAGUUCUAUGGCGUGGGCAGAGCGGGACAGACUUUCCUUUUGAACUGUGGGAUCGAGGGCUGCCCCUCCCAAGACUGUUGCUGCUGCUACUGCUGCUGCAGAUCCUGUGUCAACAGAUUCCACUUAUCUCUUACCGCGAAGGACGAAAAUCAAAAGAGCUGAGCGUCGAUCGGGCCGACCACGCGAGCUGAUCAGCCUAGCGCGAAUGCCGAGUUUUAGGGCGAACGACGGCAGUGUUUCGCAGACUGGUCUCGCGCAUUAGGCCACGAGCAGCUCGCAUCAUCAUCAACAACAUCAUCUGCCUAAAUCAGCAUCCUAGCCACGAGGAGAAGCUGUGGUAG